GGUCCACACAGCACAAUAGAAGAAGUGAAGAACCAAUUGCGAGCAAAGAGAAGUAUAUAAAACCCGAUUUCCCCUUUCACUGUAAGCUCUCUCCUCUUCAUUUUCUGCUUUCUCAGAUUCUAGUAAUAAUAAUCAGGAGGAUCUCUCAGGGAUUUUUAUCUUAUCUGUUUGGCGAUGGCAUCCAAGCGGAUCUUGAAGGAGCUCAAGGAUCUCCAGAAGGAUCCUCCUACCUCUUGCAGCGCAGGCCCUGUUGCCGAAGACAUGUUCCAUUGGCAAGCAACAAUUAUGGGUCCUCCUGAUAGUCCAUAUGCAGGCGGUCUGUUUCUAGUCACUAUUCAUUUUCCUCCAGACUAUCCAUUUAAACCUCCUAAGGUUGCAUUCAGGACAAAGGUCUUUCACCCCAAUAUCAAUAGCAAUGGUAGCAUUUGCCUUGAUAUUUUGAAGGAGCAGUGGAGCCCUGCCCUCACCAUAUCUAAGGUGUUGCUUUCAAUUUGUUCUUUGUUGACGGACCCAAAUCCUGAUGACCCCUUGGUGCCAGAGAUUGCCCACAUGUACAAGACGGAUAGGAGCAAAUAUGAGGCAACCGCAAGGAGCUGGACGCAGAAGUAUGCUAUGGGUUAACUCAACUGUGCUGCUUUGUGUGAUAGGGAGGGCUUCUUUCCCGGUAUCUUUUGGUCAUUAAGUUAAAAUUAUGUAUGAAUGUUGAAGAGUUACCUUUAUAACCGGACCAAAAGGGAGAGGUCAGAUCUAUGCCCUUCUGAAACAUAUUUGCUGCUUUUAAUUGUUUGUAUGAAAAAUUAUGUUUAGAACUUGGGUUAA